AUGUAUGUCUUAGCAUCAGCCGUGGCUCUACUUUUACAUGCAUAUGUCGUUCAAGGAUAUGCAGAUCCGGGUUCAUGUUCAGGGUCGUGUAAUGUCCACGAUCCAGCUCUGAUACGCAGAGAGUCGGACGGGACAUAUUUCCGUUUUUCAACUGGAAAUGAUAUAUCCUAUGCUUCUGCAUCGUCCAUUGAAGGUCCAUGGACAGCUAUUGGGUCCGUCCUUCCUGAUGGCUCGUCUAUUGACAUUGCGGGAUACAAUGAUCUUUGGGCACCAGAUGUCAAUCUUGUGGAUGGUGUCUAUUAUGUAUACUAUUCCGUAUCAACAUUUGGAUCGCAAGAGUCAGCUGUAGGGCUCGCUACUUCAUCCACCAUGGAACUAGACUCAUGGACGGACCUCGGUCGAGUUGGUGUUGAUUCCUAUACUGGCAGUGCAUACAACGCAAUUGAUGGAAAUCUCUUCCUAGAUGGGAGUACUUACUACCUGCAAUUCGGUUCAUUUUGGGGUGAUAUCUAUCAGGUGGAACUAAACUCCGCGGCAACAGCAGUUGCCGGGUCUUCUUCUCAAAAUAUCGCUUACGAUUCCUCUGGGGACCAUGCCGAGGAAGGUUCUUUUCUCUACAAAUAUGGUGAUUAUUACUACUUGUUUUAUUCUGCGGGUAUUUGCUGCGGAUAUGACACUUCCCUACCAGCUUCUGGAGACGAAUACAAGAUUAAAGUCUGUCGGUCGACAACUGCAACUGGUACCUUUGUCGAUGAGGAUGGUGUUGCUUGCACUGCAAGUGGCGGAACGAUUGUCCUCGAAAGUCAUGAUACCGUAUAUGGCCCGGGUGGACAGGGAAUUUUCACGGACCCCACCCUGGGUCCUGUGCUCUAUUAUCAUUAUGUCGACACUACUAUUGGUUAUGCUGAUGACCAGAAAUUGUUCGGAUGGAAUGUGAUAGACUUUUCUAGCGGAUGGCCGGUUGUUUAA